AUGAAACAAGUGUGGACCCGGUUUUGUCAUUGAUGUACGUUUUUUACAGAAGAGAAAAAAACGAAUAAGAAAAGAUCCUGGCCAAACUAUAUAUUCCAUGUUAUCCUAAUAUAUCACAUACAUAUAUUAUAUUAUGACUUAUUAGCUUAUUACCCAAAUUAGAAACAGAUGUAACGGAGUUUGACUUUUCAUGUGGGCAUACCAAUUCAAUGAUCCAAGUGCAAGUACUUAAUAGAUUCUAAACAAAUUCGAAUCGAUAAUACUAGUAAACACAUUUAGCAGCGCAUCACUAGGUGCAUCUCACUUCUGUCAUUUUUACCGGAAAUUUCGCCCGCCACCCACCGGCCGCCAUCCAAGUCCAUUCUUCUGAAAGACGCGCAAGUCCCGCCGAUUUCUUUUUUCAAUACGCUUAGCGGUUAAAUUAAGUGGUUCUUGAUUAUAAAUUAAGAAUAUAAUGGCACCUAGGACUGCAAAAGCCAAGAAAACAUCAAACACAAAAAUUGCAGAAAAUGAAGUACCUAAAAAAGGCAGAGGAAAAACGAAAACUGUGGAAGAGCCCAAGACUGAUGUUGUAGAAACUGAGGUGGGUGAUGUUCCUGUCAUAGAUAAGAAAACCAAACGCGCCAAAAAGGGUGAGGUUGAAGCCAACGGACAAGAGGAAACAAAUGGAGUAUCAGAGGAGAAAGCCCCUCCUGCUAAAAAGGGUAGAAAGAAGAAGACUGACACUCCAGAGGAAAGUAAUGGUGUAGACAUUGAUGAGGAUAAAACUUCCCACUCCAACAAUGAAUCUGAAGCACAAGCAGAGAGUAAUGGGCAAGCAGAAGAAGUGCCUGCAUCUGGAGGAAGGGGAAAGAAGAAGCCAGCAAAAAAAGAAGCCCCUAGCAAACCCAAAACAGAGCCAAAGUCAGUAAGAGGUAAAAAAGACACAAAGCAAGAGACUGAAAGUGAAGAUAAAGAAGAAGGAAAUGAAGAUCUAGUCAAGCCUGCUGCCAAGAGCAGAGGCCGCAAAGCUGCACAAAAAACGAAUAAGGAAUCUGAAUCACAGGAUAAGGGGGAACCAGAUGAUGAGAUCAAGGAGUCCCCCAAAAAAGAAGGAAGAAAGAGAGGGCAAACAAAACCUGCUAAAGAAAACACUCCAGAAAAUGACCAAGGUGAGCAGGAUGUUGAAGACAAACCUGCUGAGGAGCCUAAGAAAAAAGAACCUAAAGGCAGAAAAAAUAAUGCAAAAAAGACAGCCAAAACAGAAGAUGAAGAUGAGGAGACUAAACCAGAACCUGCUUCUAAAAAAAGAAAAGUUGCAAAAAAAGAUGGAAAAGAUGAUGUGAAAGAUGAGGUGGCUGAAGAAGCCGCUGCUGAGCCAAAACCUGCAAAGGGCAAACGCGGCCAGAAGAAGGACGCCCCCGCCGAGGCCGAGGAGGCCGCCGAGGCCGGCGACACGGCCAACAAACGACGCCGCAAGGCCGCGGACGAAAAGGUACCGUCUGAAGACAAAAAAAGUAAAGCCCCACUCAAAAACAAAUCCUCAACAAAUUAUGAGGAUAUUGAUUUUUCGAAUUCAUCAAAGACCGUGCAAGGUAAAGAAUGGAAUCUAAAAAUAUCCAGCUGGAACGUCGACGGAAUACGAGCUUGGUUGAAUAAAGGGGGUCUCGACUACAUAAAAUACGAGAAGCCCGAUAUACUGUGCCUACAAGAGACAAAGUGUGCUAAAGACAAGCUCCCAGAUGAGAUAGCAAAUUUGCCAGGAUACCACGCCUAUUGGCAGGGGAGUGACACGGAGGGCUACGCGGGGGUUGGGAUCUACACGACGAAGCUGGCUAUAAGCGUCCAAUACGGACUGGGUGAUGAAGAAUUAGACGCCGAUGGGCGCAUAAUCACAGCCGAGUACGAACAGUUCUACCUCAUCUGCACGUACGUGCCCAACGCGGGCCGGAAACUAGUCACAUUACCCAAGAGACUGCAGUGGAACGACGAGUUCCGCAAGUUUGUUAAGGCGCUCAACGAGAAAAAACCAGUGAUAAUUUGCGGUGACAUGAACGUUGCACACAAUGAAAUCGAUCUCGCUAAUCCUAAGGCAAACAAGAGGAAUGCCGGGUUCACGCCGGAGGAGCGCGCCGGCAUGACCGACCUGCUCGGCGACGGGUUCGUCGACUCGUACCGGCAUCUCCGGCCCGACGACACGGGCGCCUACACCUUCUGGACUUAUAUGUCGAACGCCAGGGCGAAGAAUGUUGGAUGGCGACUGGACUACUUCUUGCUGUCGGAAAAGUUACUCCCAUCUCUGUGUGACAGCGUCAUACGGAGUGAAGUGUACGGCAGCGACCACUGCCCCAUCACUCUAUUCUUGCACAUUACCAGUGCUGAUAAACCUAAGGAAUAAAUUUACUUCCAAUAUUAGUGGUUGGAUCAACUUUUAUUGUUGUUAUUUUGUCCCGUCAGCCAGACCAUAAUAGUAGCACAGUUGGUAGAAGUAUGUUCUAUACAUGUUAAGUAGAUGUCCCAUUAUGGAAAGGGCUUAUCAAAGAGAACAUAAUCAUGGGGCUUAUAACAUAAUUGCCAUUAAAAAAUUGGUUAAAUACAUGAAACCAGGGAUUUAAAAGUGGCCAAGGACCCAUAACCUUGACAACAAGUGACAAAAAAAAGUUGAUUCACCCAAGUGCAACAUAUAUCUUAUUUUUUGACAUUUUUGUUUAUGUUCGAUUGGUUUUUUGUUGUAUACCUAAACUAAAGGAUGUUUGGACGAAAUAAAAUGUUUCAAUAGGUAUUAUUAA